AUGAAUCAGUUGCAGAUCUGGGACACGGCGGGACAGGAGCGCUUCAGGAAGAGUAUGGUGGAGCAUUACUACAGAAACGUCCAUGCCAUCAUCUUUGUGUAUGACGUGACCAGUCUGGCUUCAUUUGAGAGUCUGCCGGAGUGGAUUGAGGAGUGCAGCCGUCACUCAGUUCCUGCCAUGGUCCCCCGCAUCCUAGUUGGGAACAAAUGUGACUUGAGAAGAAUGAGAGAGGUGUCCACGUUUUUAGCUCAGCGACUGGCUGAUAGCUACAACUUCCCGCUUUUUGAGACGUCUGCAAGAGACCCUGUGGAAAAAGAGCAUGUAGAUGCCAUUUUCCUCACGCUGGCCUACAAGCUGAAGAAUCGCAAGCUGCUGAGACUGAAACAGCCAAGUGAGAGCAGCUUCAUACAGCUCACUGGUGAACAGGAGGAGAAUACGCCCUGUUUAUGCUAAUGCACUUUGGCCCAUACAGUUUCAUGCAAUAAAUUAGGGUGACAUUCUGAAUGAAGUUCAGAAAGAGUGAUUGGGAGAUAUACAGUACAGUAUAUGUCUAUAGGAUUUAAUUUGGUGUAUGUGCAGUUUACAAAUGACUUUGGAAGCGUAAACUAUGGAACAAUUGGACAUUAUGAGGGUUUUGUUUUGUUAAACCACAUAUUACGAAGCAAGUGAUGCCGAUAUGUCUUACUAUUAUUUAAGAGUGAUAUUAACUCUCCAGAAACACGCUCAAUGACAUGAAGAGCCUGUUAUAAUAUUUUCAGUCUGUAAUAACUUUGCAUGUUGUUUCACUGUAAUAUUUAAUGUCUAUCAUUACAAUUUCUCAUAGGUUGCUAUGGUGAAACUUCUAAAGGCAAUCUUUUAUCAGAAACACAUCGGUCCUCACCGUUAGCUUUCUGUUAUGUUUAUGGUUACAGAUCAAUUAUUAUUAUAUUUACUCUGCACUUCAUUCGAACUUUUUAAUUCGAAAGCAUAUAUUGCAUGCAAGCUCAAUCUAAACUGUGGUGUAAUGCAUUACUAAAGCUAUAACUGACUCCAUCAUGAACACUAGUGGGCGCCAUUGUCAAUGCAUUCAGAGCAUUAUGAACUACUAUGAUGAAAAUUAGAUUAAAACAAGGGAAAACACACUUUAUUAUAAACGAGAGCACUUAUAUCCUCAAUGCAUUUGUGGAACACAGUGAUAUGCAACAUAUUAGUGAUGUUUGAUGUCUUUUACAAGCAAAUCCAUGCUUCAAUAAGACCAACAUAUCUCAAAGGCUUGAUUUCAUUUUUUUUUUUUUUUUAAUCAUUUAUUUUUGGAUCGACAACCCUUUUUGUAAGCAAGAGCAUUUGGAAAACAGGGACUGUAUUGCAGUUUAAAUUGAGAUUGUAUCAUGUCUGAAGUUUGUCUCGAUUAUUCAGCAUCGUGUAUAUUUUGAGAAAAAUGUCAUUGUGUAGAUAGUUUGCAGUGACUGUCAGAUGUGUUUUGGAAGUGAAUAUGAAAAUAAAA